UUCAGUAGAAGAAUAAAAACAGAUAUUUGUUUAUACUCCGGUAGCAAUUGUUUUUAUAAUUGUAUAAAAUAAUUUUAAAGUACAGAAUUCUUUAUAUUUAUUUUUAAUCAAUUAAUAGUCUGCUAUGGAUUUUAGUGAUUUCUUAGUGCGUAAGUGUCCUCCGACUGUAAUGUAUAUUCCAAAUUUUAUAACAUCUGAGGAAGAGCAGCGUAUACUUUCUCAUAUAGAGAGAACACCUAAACCUAAAUGGACUCAAUUGCUGAAUCGUCGUCUCGUUAAUUAUGGGGGAAUACCACACCCAAACGGAAUGCUUGCCGAAGAAAUUCCCGAGUGGUUACAGACAUACGUUGAUAAAAUCAAUAAUCUUAGUAUUUUCGAAACGCAAAAAGCUAAUCAUGUUUUGGUAAAUGAAUAUCGACCAGGUCAGGGUAUAAUGCCACAUACUGAUGGUCCACUAUUUUAUCCCACCAUAUCUACUAUUUCUUGCGGAUCUCAUACGGUUCUAGAAUUUACUAAAAGAGAGACAUCAUCCGAAGACUCGGAAAUGGAACCACAUGAAAGUGACGAGAAUACAGAAACAUCCUCAAAGCGGGAGGUAUUGUUUAAACUGAUACUGGAGCCACGUAGUCUAUUGAUAUUAAAGGACACUCUUUACAACAAGUAUUUGCAUUCGAUUAGUGAAAUAGAUAAAGAUGUUCUUUGUGAUCGCAUUUUUAACUAUGAAAACUGUGAGAGCUCCUAUAAAAUGGGCGAUUGUUUAAAAAGGGGAACUCGCAUUUCUCUCACCAUACGUAAUGUACCUAAAACCACAAAAAUGAAGUUGAAGUUUUAUUAAUUUAUAUUUCAAUUAAAUUUAAAAAAUCUAUAUCACUAGCAAUUAAGUGCGUCAACCUAUCUGUGUUAGCAAAAGUCUUCUUUUAUCUACCACUCUCGCAUACUAUUUGCUUGCUCAAUUGCUAAUCAUUUUAUACUUCCUCGUACUUCAACCUCCUCUUAUAAAAGUAUGAAUUUGAAUUUAAUUCAAUUACUUAAAUUUUAUUUGUUUUUCCUUUUAAUUAAUGCAUUUAUUGUAUCACUCUUUUACUCUAAAAUGGAUAUGCAAUUAUAUUUUUUUAAUUUAAUUUGCAUCAUUAUGAGCGUAUUGACCACCGUAACGUACCUUUUUGUAAUGUUAAGAAUUAAUAAGACAUAAGAAAAAUUGUUGUAAAAUAAAAA